GCAGUGUCAAGAUGCGCCUCCAUUCUCUCAUUCUCUCUCAGAUAAAGCCAGUGAGCAUUAUGUAAUGCGUUGACAGUGCGAAGGAUGGAGAACAUCAGACCAUCUUCAAGUGUUCAAGUCAUCUGACUGGAGGUACGACAGCUGUAAUGGCUCAUACAGAUGGUUGAGGGUUUGACUGACGCUCGGGUUCCUGCAGGAUGGGCAGUGUUGGCAGCGGGGUGGCCGGCGAGCAGGAGUUUGCCAUGAAGAGCGUGGGCACGCGCACCACACUCCCUCGUGGUCCGCCCCUCUCCCGCCGCAGGCCCACCGACCGCAGCUCCAGCGCCGAGCGUCUCCAUGCACCUCCAUCCACCUCGGAGGGCUCCAGUAAUGAGCGAGGGGGCAGCAGUAUCACCACGGAUCGAGUCCAGCUCAACAGUGCCUCAUCUCACCUGGAGCGGCUUCCCACCAACGGCAAUGGUCUGGAGGGUAAAGGCGCGGGUCACAGGGAUGGACACAGGGCUGGAGGAGGGGUGUCUCUGGAUGCCUGCGGUAACGUCGUGGGUCAUAGUGGAGAGAAGAAUCAUGACAGUGUGGCACCAGUGAAGGGCAGAGACGGCAACAAUACCAAGAGAGACAGUCGCACACCUCCCAAGAUUCUCACCGUCUCUGGGAAACUCGAGCAGAACACUUCUGCGCUGGUUCGGCCUUCCGCCUUUAAACCCGUGGUGCCCAAGAGCUUUCACUCCAUGCAGAACCUGGUUGGCCAGUCUGGAGGUGGAGCUCCUUCCGCUGGGAGCGGAGGCGGCUCGGAUGCCCCACAAUCCCUCUGUGAGCAGGACAGUCCAGAUAGAGACCCGUCCGGUGGGACUGAUGAACAGGGCGGCAUGUCUGACUCGGGACGGAACUCUCUGACAAGUUUGCCCACCUACGCAGGGCCAAGUUUGAGUUACGGAGCCCCGCAAGCUCUCGGCCCGCUCAGUGCCUCAACCAGCCACAUCAACAGACUGGGCACCACAGUGGCUGCGCUGGAUAAAGUGGACAAACCGAAGUAUCAGAACGGCCUGAGUGUGUCAGACAGCAGCCAGUCCUCCUCUGGCAAGAGCUGCUUGUCUUAUCGGAGACUCUGUCAUCUGACCGACACCACUGGAACGGUCCAGCCCUCGCCAUCAACUGAUGACAUCAUCCAAGACCUGGCGGACAGACUCUGGGAGAAGGAGCAGGAGGUGUUGCACAUGCGUCGUAACCUGGACCAGAGUGAGGCGGCCAUCGUGCAGGUGUUUGAGGAGAAACAGGGCGUGUGGGAGCGUGAGAUGGAGGAGUUGAGGCAGAACUACGUAGGCCGUCUGCAGCAGGUGACCCGUCGGGCUCAGCGCACACAGCAUGCUCUGCAGGCACACAUCGCCCGUCUGCAGCAGGAUAAAGGGCGACUGCAGGUGGAGAUCAGCACUCUGCUUGCCCAGAGAGAAGAGCUGGAGAGAAAGUGUCUGGAUUACAGAAAGGAGCAGGCCGAUAUUCUGCCCCGUCUGGAGGAGACCAAGUGGGAGUUGUGUCAGAAAGCAGGUGAGAUUUCUCUGCUCAAGCAGCAGUUGAGGGAGAGUCAGAACGAGGUGACCCAGCGGGUGGGGGAGAUGGUGGCCCUCAGGGGUCAGCUGAAGGAGCUGAACGCCCAGCUGAAGGAGAGAGAGGAGGCCAUGAUCAGCCUGAAGGACUCGUACACCAACAAGAACCGAGAGCUGGAGAGAUGUGAGGGAGAACUCAAGAGAACACUGACAGAGGUGUCCAUGUUGCGUGACAAGCUGGUUGUUUUUGAAGCCGAGGUUCUGGGUCUCAAACGCGCUCUGAGCGAGCUGAGCUGCAGAAACGAUCGUGUCGUCGGUCUGAGCGGCAUCAGUGGCAACAGUAGCUUACCGUGGGCCGGCCUCCAUUCGCCCCGCACGGCUGACACCCUGACCGCGCUCACACCCCUCAGCGCCACCGUCGACACUUUCUUGAGCCUGCAGAGCGACGAGGCUAAAGCACAGAGGCAGGAGGCGGGGGAACUGCGGCGUCAGCUGGAGCGCCUGCAGGGGGAGCUGCACCUCGAGCGACAGCAGCGGGAACGACAAGCACUCACUUUCGCUCAAGAGCGCCACACCUGGCAGGACGAGAAAGAGCGCGUGCUAAAGUACCAGGCGCAGCUGCAGCUCAGUUACGUGGAAACGCUUCAGAGGAACCAGGCGCUGGAGGAACGUGUCGGGCAGCUUGGAGCUACACUCACCACGACUCCCAGCUCGCCGCCGCCCAUCAGUGUCUCCAUUCCCGUACCAGUAAAUGUCACUCUGUCCCCGACCGUAGAUGAUGCCAAACCUCCGGCCCUGCACCAGCUCGCUCCAUCAUGGCCGGGACCUUCUCGCUUGGAGCGGAUUGAGUCCACGGAGAUUUAGAGUUGAGACAAUCUGCGUCUGUUCAACAGAGACAAAUGAAAUGAAGUUCAUAAGUUCUGUUUGAUGACCCAGACAGGCACUAAAGACUGCAGAGCUAGAAGCCGAACAAAGAUAAUUACACUUAAUGUGCUGGCGAGAUAGAAGUGACCCUGUCAGACGCAAACGCACACAUUCUGCACUCCAGCAUUUAAAGAGCUGAGCUUUUGGCGACAGUGAUAUUGAAAGAAUAGUUCAACCAAAAAUGAAAAUUCUUUCAUUAUUUACUCCGAAUCUGUAUGCUGUUAUUUUAUUCUGUGGAUCAUAAAUGGAAGAUUUUUGAAGAAUCUUCACACAGCUCUUUUUCAUACAAAACCAGCAGUGUUGGGCAUAAUCUGAUUACAAAUUCGAAUCUAUUUACUUUUAGUCCAAAGUAAUGUAACUCAUUUAAAUUUAAAUUAUUGUAAUCAGAUUAUGGUUACUGAUUUAUGAUUAAGUUAAUUACUUUUACAGUACAAUGUGUAGGUUACACAUUUCUUAAGUAAUGUUAUUUAUGUAGAAUAUACAGUAUUUAAAACACAAAUUUUGUGCAUCUGUGUGUCUGUGACAGCUAAAGGAAAAUGAACAAGGUGGAAAUAUAGACCAUUUCAAGGACUGUUUGUUUGUGACGUCACUGUUCCAUGAACAUUUCCUGCUUGUCAAAACAGAGAGAAUUUAGCAGAGACGGGCCACUUUUAUUAAAAUGAAUGGAAGAAAUUGGAACGCCUAACGGCAGCCAACAGUCAGCGAAAAAAAUACAGCCUCAUCACCGCUGCCUUUAAACACAGAGCGUGCCUCUCCUCGGGAGACCGGUCUGUACCUGCUGGCGUCUCCGCGGGUCCAGGAACGGAACACUGAGGGUCCAGUGCGUGUUAGAUUCGACGCCGGGGAUUGGAGCAUGUGUCGCGGCCGGGCCGCUCAAGCGAAGCCGGCGCCACACGCACCUCGGACCAAUAAAAUUGUAAUGCUUAUUUUAAAUAUGUUCUUUUAUCGUAAUCUUGACCAACCAUUUUGGACAUUUCAGUCUUUCCCCAUUCAAAUAGACAGGAGCUGCACUGGCAUGAUGCUCGAUUACAUAGAAAAAUAGCUGCCCAAACUGCCCAAGAGUGUUCCAAAAACAGCCACUGAGUGGACUGACUUGCCUUGAAAAUGAGACUUUGUUGAAAGGAUCCGGAAAUACGUUUGGACCGUUCUAAUUCAUUUGUUUUUGUUUACAUUCUUGAAAUGGUCUAUAGACAUUACUUGAAAUUUGUGGAGCACAAAAACAAACACUUUCCUGUGAAAAUUGUUUUAGAAAGAGAGUUAAAUGUAAAGUCAUUUGUAAUGUGAUUACUUUUUGAUGAAACAACCAGUAAAGCAAUCUAAUUAAAGUUUUAUAGAAGUAACUAGUAAUUAGUGGAUUACUAACUUCCCAACACUGGAUAUUAGGUCAUUCAAGCUCCUAAAAAGCUCAUAAAAUAGGUCCAUAUUCCAAGUCUUUUGAAAUCAUACAAUAGCUUUGUGUGAGGAACAGAUCAAAAUGUUGCACUUACUGAAACUCUUCUCCUCCCAAUAGAAUACAGUGAGGAAUAUAGAGUUGCAUGUGGUCACCAUGAACUGUUAUUGUAUGCAAAAAGCUUUGUGAAGAUUCUCCUUAAUGCUUGGAACAGCAUGAGGGUGAGUAAUUAAUGAGAGAAUUGUAAUUUUUCGGUGACUUUCUCCCGUAAGGAAAAAGAGGUCUGUAACCAGUAUUACAGUCUAUUAUAGACUUUAUUCCCAGUAGCACCAUUUUUUAUUUCUGACGUAAAUAAAAUGUUUUGUGAGGGAUAGACUACAGGGGGUUGUGUACUGAAAUAUAAUGGAACGAUCUUAUUUAGUUAUUUAUUUAUUUGCGAAGUAAAUCCCUCACAGCCGCACUGUCAUUCCCGACCGCCAAAAAUUAAAUAUGGUGCUACUGUGAAUAAAGUUCACGGUCUGUACCAAGGGUGUUGAUUUGGCUUGAACAUUGGAGGGGUGGGGGUUUGCAACGUAAAGCGUUUACCCAUGUUUCCACUGAUCAUGGUAUAAAUAUUGGGGAUGACCUCUCCCCCAUCCCCCCGGAAUCUACGCCCCUGGUCUGUGCAGUUCUAAUAUAAAGAAAGAAAGUGAUAUAUAUUUUUCGGAAGAAGAAGAAGGAUCAGUUUCAAGGAAACUGGUGUUAGUUCGGAGUGUUUUAUGGGAUGAGAGAAGCAUUAAUGCUUCAGGGAUCGUUGAAUGUUUCAGGGUUAAUAGAGGGGAGCAACAGUCCCCAACACCGCCACUGACUGCAGUGACUAAACAUGACCACUAGUGGUCGCCAGAGGCAGAAUUACGUACUUGAAAAUGCGAAAACGUUAGUUUUUAUUUAGUUUCAAUUUGGUUUCAAUUUGAUUUAAAUCCUUAUUCAACAUGACUGUUUCUGGAAUGUCUUUGCUGUUGUUCAGAGCAAAAGAGUGAGUGGCUCGGUGUGUUUCAGAGGGACAGAUGCUGCUACAGAUGUUUUGAUGUGACGUGUCACGGUGUUGUGGGUAGGGAGACAGGCUGUCAUUUAUGUGAAAUGGUUAUUUCCAGUAUACCAAGAUAUUGCGUGUGAAUAUUUUGAAAAGAUGAACAUAAUUGUUAUUUCAUCGUUCUGAUUAUUGUGAAAUAAUAAAGCCGGAUAUUUUAGCUUUGUUUGUUUUAUUUAUUUUUUAUUUAACAUAUAAAACCUUUCACUUGUCAAAUGGUGCAUCAACCAUUUUCAAAACCGUAUUGCUUUUGAUGUUAUUCCUAUGUUAUGACUUGAUUUGAUGAUGUAAUUAAUUGAUUUAUACUUUUUAUACUUUUAUUGUUUGUAUUUAUGUUACUGUGAUGACUUGCUUAAAACACACCCAAUGAACAAUACAUUCAACAAUAAAGACAAAUAAAUCAACAUUGUCCUUUUUUAAAAAAUUACACAUAGUGUAUCAUGAUAAU